AUGGCGAUUCCGCAGCAGCAGUUGUUGAGCGAGCUGCAGGCCGCUGCAGGAGCAAAAGAGGAGCGAAAGGAGCAAGCGAAGCAGAAACGUAGCGUCCGAGAUGAUGACACCAGCGUUAUGCAUAAUCUCGGGCGACAGGGAGAAGCCAAGACGAAGGCGAAUGUUGAGUGCUACCGCACGAUUCUCGGUAAGGGCAAGUCGCUUGGUGGUCAUGGAUGGAAAAUCCUUCGCGCGAUGCCGAUCUCUGACGACAAGAUCUCGCGUCGCUACUGUCCUGUCGUGCACCGCACUAUGCUGAACCAGCUCAAAUCAGAUGAUCGGCCUCGUAUGACACGAAAGCAGAUGAUGGAGAUCCUGGACGAGAAUUACCGCGACCUGCAGGAAGCUCUGAAGCAAGUUAGGAGCUCGAGCUCUACUGGGGUGAGUGUUGAAGCACAAAACGACCUGGCAAGAUCAUCUUCUUCUUCGGCGAAGCUAAGCGAGAACGACAUCAUGCCGAGCGAAUCCCGGUCGUCUCAUUCGGUUUCUAUCGCUGCGGCUUUUCCAAAGAGUGCGUCUUUGGCUGCGAGUUCCGUAUGUUUGUCGCAACACGCACUGCCGAAGGCUGCUGGCAUCUCUUUAGCGAUGCCUCCUUCGAAGCCACCAGCUGAGAUCUCCUCUUCAUCAUCGAGUGAUCUACCGCGCGAGCCGGAUUGCAGUGCUCUUGUAAGUUGUUCCUCGGGGUACUUGUUACCCGUCUCGAGCAAGGAGAUCGAGUGCGGGGAUGAUGACGGUUUGUCGAACUUGGUUGCCGACGGAGAUGGCGAUCCAUCUGUCGCAGAGUUGACUGCGCUUGAAGGUUCCCGUCCACAAGAGAAUCUGACUGGAGACGAUGCUACUGCAGGAGCUGUCGUUGAUGGGAACGACAGCCCCACAACGCGAGCGCGCGAGACUGCGGAUAUCAUCGCUCGAGUCGAGGACGGACGCCAACGUCGUGCAGCUGAGCUGGAGGCCGCUGGGAUUGUGUCGCGCCCGAAGUUUCAGAGCGUUGUCAACAUUGAAACGACGAAGAGGAUCUUCGAGGUUGAUGAGCUGCAGCAGAUGAACGCUGUUGCCGACAGCAUACGCAAGACGCCAAGCAACCUGCACGUUGAACACGCAGCAACAUUUCUCAAGUGGGAAAUGUGGAGUGACGUCGGGAUGUGCAUUCUACGCAACAUGCACAUCCGGAGUGCAACGGACGGCAUUUUCUUCAUGCAGAUCAAGCCAGUUCUGGUCUUCGAGCAGCUUCAGUCCUUCCACUGGUUCGAUCACGCAAAUUUCACGGCUGACAUGACAUUGCCGCCAGUUCCUCCGCCGUGGGUGUCCGGUCGUGACGUUUUGAUGCGUGAGAAGAUCCAACUGAAGCAGAGUGACGCAGCGGUGAAGGGUUUUAAAACGUUGAUUGCCGGUGGCCAGGUUGAAGACGCGAAAACGGUGCUGUCGCGUGCCACCAUUGAUCACCGUGAGCUCGUGCCCCUGUUCCUCGAGUCGGCUGCCAGCUCGGAGUUUUAUGCGGAGUUCCUCGACGUCCAGCUGUCGUUAACGUUUGUGCUGAUGACUUUCAGCAAGCACGGGAUCCUCUUGGAAAACCACGACGUCGGACCUCGGUAUCUGAUGAAUGACACCCAUCUGAAGCUGGUUCUGCCUCCGCUCGACGUUCGGCAUGAGAAGUUGUCACUGGCUCGAGCGGAGAUCGCAAAUGUGGGCACGAAUCGGAUGCCGUUCGAAAAGUUCAAGACGCAUAUAGUUGCGCUUCUGGACUCGGCAUUGGCUGACGAGGAUAGUCGUAUCGUCCGGCUCACCGAGGGCGCGCUUCAAGUCGCAACAAUGGAGGACUACAAGCGGCAGCUGUUGUGGUAUCUAUUUCUACUCAGUAAGUCGUCUGAUUUUCUGAGGUUUCGCCAUUGCAAACCUUUAGUCUAUAUUAUUCCGUCUUCCUUGUAUUCAUUUUCGUCUUGUGCUCUGACUCGUUUCUUCAGUGGGGUACUGGGAAUUGUGCUUUUUUAGUUUGGUUUGGUAACUGACUUAAGAGUGUUGAUCUCAAGUUCUUUUUCAAGAUGCCACUCGAUCCAAACAACAGCUCCGGCAGCGAGAUGACCGACGCGAUGGUAGUUGCGGUUCGCAUUUUUGCUCCGACUGAUGAUCGGCGUGCGAAGGCUUUGCGGGUGCUUGCUUACUACAACUCGAUGCACGCUUUGGGCCUCGGCGAGCAUCCCGCAGUGAUGUUGCGCCACGAUGAUCCUGUCCAUGAUCUUGCUUUGGCUUACGCUGUCGGCCAAGCGAAUCCAACAGAGUACAUUCGCACCCUUUUGGCGAGCAAGGAGAAGCCGAUGACGGACCACAGCGAAGACGACCUGCAGCGUCUUAUUGAUAACGCAGACGCGAUCCGCAAAGCUGCUCAGCACUACUUGUCACAGCAUGACUAUGCGGAGCUCGCAGCACUUGGCGCUGCAGCACAGAACGAAAUCUUGGCGCGCAAAACCAAGGAGAAGAUGUCGAAGAAGGGAAAAAACGCAGCAGGAGAAGCGCCGGAUGUGCCGGCGGCUACAAAUGAGGAGUUGGCGGCCUUCUUUGCCACCGAUAUGGCAGACGGUGAUGACGACGGGGAGCUGCUUGACCCGGAUGUUUCUACGACAACGAAGAAACGAGGCCGAAAGAUGAAGAAUAAGGCGGAAGGAAAGGCUCCGGCACCCAGAUCGAAGAAGAAGAAGAUCGCAGACGCGGCUGCUGCACUGGCUGGCUCGUCCGCUAUUGGUGGUGUAGGCCAGAGCGCAUCUUCUAGUACAACAGCCGCACUUGGAGGCGCAGAUGCUGAGCCCUCUGUUGCCACAAAAGCAGACGCAGCAAAGAACUUCGACAUCUUCGGUGACCUUUUUGCAGGAACAGCGGCCGCUGAGUGAAGGCCAAGGGACUCGGUGAGGGUCUGACGAUAGCAGAACGAACGCCCACAUCUCGGCUUUGUAUGUGGUUGGUGAUUCUUGUUCACAUCUGUGAAGAAGCUGGGGUGUUGUGGGUAGGUGAUGUCUACAUGUAACUCAUACUGGGGCAGCUUCGAUGGACUUUGAUUUUAUAAUUAUAGUAGGCCUGAUCUUGUAUUUGUAACUUCAAUAAAAUGACUACUCGUCUAUUAAGGAUGUAAUUGCUCGUUUUGUAGUGCACAGGUUGUCGCUUGGUUGUUCAUAAAUAUGUACUAAGAUCUUACAACUUCUUCCUUAUUAUCUACAUUGAUAAGCAUUGAAAAGUUUCGAACUCGUCUGAACUCUUAGCUUUUGCCUACAAUUUCGAUGAGGUUGCUCUCUCGAGCCAUGGCCUCAGCCGAACAGAAACUGGCAUAGAAUAAAGACCUUGUAGUAUGAGCGUGAACUUGUUUUUUUAUCGUCCUCAAGCUAUCGAAUAUUUACUCCUUGGCGCAUAGCUCUUGUUGUGUAGGUCUUCGGCUUGAGAUGCCGAGUGACCUACGCAGCUACUGGAGCAACAAUGAAGAUACUCAAAGAAGAACGUCAUAGAUCCGAACUAAAGACUUGGCUUGAAUAUAAAUAUAUCAGAUAUAGGGAGAGUAGUUUGGUACUAUCGAGUAAUUGUUUUGAUUUAGUAGCACCAUCAUUGAACUAACAUUUUGGCACUCAUUUCUCGGCAUUGAUAGCGGGAACUUAUGCGAGGUAGUGGCUGGAAUUCCUAUAGACAACUGACGACGUCACUUGCCCGCGAUUUUCAAUAUGAAUCGACGAAGAAAGUAAGACCGUUGCGAUAGUUGUACAUCUCUAACUGCUGCAUACGGGACGAGAGCACGACUUGCAGAACUAACAUGGGGAUUAGGAUUCGCCUCAAGAAGGCAGCGCUACAGAAUUUGCUGCUGAGAUUGAGUAUCACACUCAAAGUUUUGGCGAAUGGAUUCGGUGCUUCUCUGGUUGCAGUCGUGUUCCUGCUCUUCUCGGUCUUCGGGGUGAGGUCAUCUACUUGGAGCUUGAUGCAAGUCGGUCCCCCGAUGCCUUCAGGCUUGAUAAGGGUUUUAGUAUACUAGACUCGACGCCUUGUCCCUAUCGUGAUUGAUUUCGAUACUCUUUAACUGAUCGUUGGCACUAGCUCUUCUCCUUAUCGGCAGUCGGUGUUUUGUGUGUAGACUCGGCUCGAUAGUUUGCUCGGCAAAAGCUUUGGCGAAUCUCUCUUGUGGCUCGAUCGAUUUCGUGGUAGUGUGCUUGCGUGUUGUCGUG